AUGUCCCAAGAAGCCGCCUUCAGCUUCCUCCCAUUGGGAGCCAUCAUUCAAGAAUUCCGCAUCGCGGACCAAAACAUCGUUCUUAACUUCAAUACCCAAGAGCAAUAUGUUAAGUACAACACGCCGCAUUUCGGCGCUACCAUCGGCCGCGUCGCGAACCGUAUCGAGGGCGCUGUGAUCCAUAACCUCAAUGGUCGCGAUUACUCACUUCCCAUGAACAAUGGCCACAAUUCGAUCCAUGGAGGUGAGAAGGGGUGGGGGCAAAGGGUUUUUGAUGGACCGCAUACGGUAAAGAAGGAUGGGAAGGAUGCCUUGUUGUUCAAGUAUCUGAGUCGUGACGGGGAGGAGGGGUAUCCUGGGACUGUGGAGUUGCGGGUGUGGUAUACGGCUGGGAAGGAGGAUGUGAAUGAGGCGAAUGAGAAGACAGUGUUGACGGCGGAGUAUGAGAUUGAAUUCGUGGGUGAUGAGUGUGAGGAGACGGUGGUCAACCUUACAAACCAUAGUUAUUUCAACAUCGCCGGAACCCCAACCGUGGAGGGCACCCAAGCCCAGCUAGCCACCAACGAUUACCUCCCCCUCGACGCAGCUGGCAUCCCAACAGGCGAGAUCGCCAAAUUCCGCAAAGACCUAACCAGCCCCUUCGGCCUCGGUCCCUCAGUACCACACAUCGACGACGUCUUCGUGAUGGAAAGCGAUCCUUCCAAAAUCGCCCUUGAUACGCGCACCCAGCCCCUCAAACGCCUCGCCCAGUUCCAUCACCCAACCACCAAGCUGCACCUCGAAGUUCACAGCACCGAGCCAGCCUUCCAGCUGUACACGGGCAAGUACAUCGACACGCCGGAGGUAGAAGGGACGCCGGCGCGUGGGGAGGGCGCUGGGUUCUGUGUUGAACCGAGUCGGUUCGUCAACGCGGUUAAUGAGCCGGGAUGGCGGUCUAUGGUUGUGCUGAAGCGGGGGCAGGUGUAUGGGUGUAAGAAUGUGUAUAAGGCGUGGAAGGCGUAA